GACGCAUCACACAGUCCGUCCGCGCGCGCAGAGCGACAGCAGCAGCAGCCGCAGCUCCCGUAGACAUCGACUCGCGUCUCAUUUAUGCGUUCUGUGCGUUAAAUACCGACGAGAACGAUGGUCUGAAGAGAUUUAGGCGAUCAAUUCGUGAAUGUAAUUCCAUUACAUUCAUCUGAUCAGCGCGCGUAAAGGGCCGCUUUGGUUUUGCCGUCUCCUCAGUCGCCUUCUCUCUGAGAGAUUCAAGUGCCCAUGCGAUUCUUCAGACUCACCUUUAAGUGUUUCGUGGAUUGUUUUUGAAGGUGCUGUUUCAAAUCGGUGUCUUUUUCUUUUAUGAUCUAUUAUUUCUUUUCCAAACGCGCUUUUUGAUAAAAAAAAAAACGAACCAAUAAUACCGUUGCCAAUUUCGCCGAGAGAAUCAAACUGCCAUCCCUUGUAACCGUUUGACAUUGAGGAGAAACGGGAAAAUACAUUCUUAAAAAUUAACACCGCUGGUUUUAUUAAGUAAAAGGAUAAAGGACCAGAUCCUGCGCGCCUGAAGAGGAACAAAAGGGACAUUUUGGUGUGAAUAAAAGAAACUGACUUCAUCCGAGAACAAUAAGAGAUCAAAUAUUUAUUUUUGACUGCUGAUUUAAGCCCUUCUCGAGUCUUUUGAGGAGGUUCGAUUGCUUUGUUUACACGAGAGAUGGAGAAAUCCUCUCUGGACGCAGACUGCUGCGCCCUGAACACGGUCCUGGUGGAGGAGAAGAAGGGCCAUCUCAUUCCCAAUGGAAACGCGCAUCAAGGCGUCAAUGGGACCCUGAACGGCGGGCCCAUAUCGGCCGCCACCGGAGCCAUGUCGGCGGCGGCGGCGGAGAAGAAGCAGCAGGGCUUCCCCGAGCGAGAGACGUGGACCAGACAGAUGGACUUCAUCAUGUCCUGCGUGGGCUUCGCCGUGGGGCUGGGGAACGUCUGGCGCUUCCCGUACCUGUGCUACAAAAAUGGUGGAGGAGUGUUCCUCAUUCCCUAUGUGUUGUUCAUAUUUCUGGGAGGCAUUCCGAUAUUCUUCCUGGAGAUUGCGCUGGGUCAGUUUAUGAAAGCUGGAAGCAUCAAUGUGUGGAACAUUGCACCUCUUUUUAAAGGACUUGGCUAUGCCUCCAUGGUUAUUGUGUUCUUCUGUAACACGUACUACAUCAUGGUACUUGCCUGGGGUUUCUACUACUUGAUAAAGUCCUUCAACUCCACGCUUCCCUGGUCCACCUGCGACAACCCGUGGAACACCGAAAACUGCAUCGAGAUCUUCCGCCACGACGACUGCCACAACGGCACCAUCGGAAACGCCACAUUCGGAAACCUGACAUGCGAAGAGCUUGCAGACAGGCGUUCCCCUAUCAUUGAAUUCUGGGAGAACAAGGUUCUGAGCAUCUCUAAUGGGCUGGAUCAGCCAGGCUCUAUAAACUGGGAGCUAAUGCUUUGUCUUAUGGCCGUGUGGGUGAUGGUUUACUUCUGCGUGUGGAAGGGGGUGAAGUCAACAGGAAAGAUUGUGUAUUUCACUGCCACGUUCCCGUAUGUGGUCCUGAUCAUCCUCCUGGUGAGGGGCGUCACUCUUCCUGGAGCUUACGACGGGAUCCUGUACUACGUCAAACCUGACUGGUCUAAGCUAGGAGAGGCACAGGUCUGGAUCGAUGCUGGUACUCAAAUCUUCUUCUCUUACGCUAUCGGCCUCGGAGCCCUCACGGCCCUCGGCAGCUAUAACCGAUUCAACAAUGACUGCUAUAAGGACGCUUUUGUUCUGGCUCUUAUUAAUAGCGGCACCAGUUUCUUUGCUGGUUUCGUGGUCUUCUCCAUCUUAGGUUUCAUGGCGUCCGAGCAAGGUGUGGACAUCUCAAAAGUGGCUGAAUCAGGCCCGGGUCUGGCGUUCAUAGCGUAUCCUAAAGCCGUUUCUCUGAUGCCCGUGGCUCCCGUGUGGGCUGCCCUAUUCUUCGUCAUGCUGCUACUGCUGGGACUGGACAGUCAGUUUGUUGGUGUGGAGGGUUUUGUAACUGGCAUUCUUGAUCUUUUCCCUGGAAAGUAUUACAUGCGCUAUCAGCGUGAAAUCGCUGUGGCGAUCUGCUGUUUAUUAUGCUUCAUUAUAGAUCUCUCCAUGGUUACACAGGGAGGGAUGUACGUCUUCCAGCUUUUUGACUACUACUCAGCCAGUGGAAUGACCCUACUGUGGCAAGCAUUCUGGGAAUGCGUGGUUGUCGCGUGGGUUUAUGGUGCUGACAGGUUCAUGGACGAUAUUGCCCGUAUGAUCGGUUACCGGCCAUUCCCGUGGAUGAAGUGGUGCUGGUCCAUUAUAACUCCAUGUGUUUGCAUGGGUAUCUUCCUGUUUCACCUGCUGAACUACAAGCCGCUGACCUACAACAAUGUGUAUGUGUACCCGUGGUGGGGAGAGGUGAUCGGAUGGUGUUUGGCUCUCUCCUCCAUGCUCUGUAUCCCCGUUAGCCUUGUGUACAAGCUCUCUGGAGCCAAGGGAACAUUCAGAGAGCGUUGGGAAAAUCUGACCAAACCAGUGUGGGGAGCCCACCACCUCGAAUACAUGGCCCCUGACACUGACAUUAAAAGCCUGGCCUCUCUGUCUCCUGGAACGGAGGAGAACAAGGUGAUCAUUUUUGAGAGUGUUAUGUAGAUCAAAGGGAAAUCCUGCGACAACCCUCCUAAGGCAAGCUGGUUGAAGAAAUCAUCAGUAUUUUUUUUUUAUGUCAUUUGAUGGAAUUCUGCAUCAUCUUACAGUCUUAAAACAGCUGAUAGAAACUGACGGUUACGUUUUGUUUCACACUACAGAUCCUCUAACAGACGCUCUUCCUCUUCCACCUGUUGAAACUGCAAACUAUAUACAUGAUUUUUUUUUUUUUUAAGAGGCAAAAAAAAAAAAAUCAGCAUGUCUUUGGAGGGGACGGUAUAGUGUAGCCUAACAUUAUUUCGGCAGAAUUCCCACAGGCCACUUUCCUGAACGUGAUAUGGGUCUCUUAGCACUGACACGAGAAUCAAUUGAGCAAGAAGCGCGUGGGUAAAAUAAAAGGGAAACUGAUUUACAAAUGCAUUUUUUUGACUAAAAUCGGCCCAGUGCACAAACACACACACGAUAUCUCAAGCAUAUUUCAAUGAUUUAAAAUAAAGUACGCUUCAAUAAAAAACCGUUGCAUUUAACCGAUCAGCAAAAAUAGAUGCAGAUUCAACAGUCGAGCUGAAUGUGUCUUUGCAGAUUUCACGUCAAUAAGGCCACAUGUAGUUGCCAAAUGAUGAAAACUCUUUUCUGUAGCCGUCGUCUGAUGAGUCUUCGUGAUAUCACAGCGUUUACUGUAAGUGCCAAACAGAGAGUGACUUCCCAUCUCUGCUCAGGUUUGUCGGGAGAUGGUUUCGGUUGCCAUACAUAAAAUCGGUAUCUUCCUAGUUCGUCUGAAAACCGUUUGGAAGCAUCUAGAGUUUUUAGCAGACGCGGGCACUUUUCUAAGGUGCUCGCCAACCAAAAGUUGCAUUUUGUUAAAAAGGUCAACGUUUUUAGCAAUGCAGUUAAUCGGUUGUCCGGUUUUACUUCGAACAGCAUCGCGUCACUGAAUUUAAAAAAAAAUGGCCCGCGAGCAACGUUUCAUGCCGACUUUAAUUAGUUUACGAUUUUAGUUUCCGUUCUACAUUUUGAGUGCCAGUAUUAAUACGAUUUUCAGUUCACGAUUUUAAAACAUAACGGCAACGUUGCUUUUUAUAAAAAAAAACGCAAAAAGCUAAUAAAAAUUGUUUCACAGAAAUGCGUAUUCUCACGAUAGCUUUACUUAACAAGCUACAGCCAGCAGUAGGAAUAUAAGAGAACAGACGAUUAUUGAAACUACAUUUCGAAAUGUUUCCACACGGUAGCAGCAACUUUUUUUUUUCUUCUAUUCAUUUUUGCCAAUGUCAGGCGCAGAACGCUAAAUAUCCGAAAGGAGAUCUUGAUCUCUGUUGUUCUGCGGUUCACACAGCGUAGUUUUUGACACAUAGUUGCCAAACUUUGCCUUCGUUUGUCUUAAGUUGAGAACCAAUAGACAAAUAGCCAAGAUUAAAAACCAAGACAAACCGGCCUCAUUCCGACCUGUGGGAAUUCUGCCCUGUAGAUAAUCAACUCAAACAAUAAAUCAUUGUGACAUCUUAGACGUAAUCAGAAUGUACAAAUUAGACUACAUAAUGUAAGGCUUCAGAAUACAUUUGCACAUUGUUGUAAAAUAAUCUGCUAGCACUUUUUAAUCGUGUUAAAACGUUUUUUUUUUUCCUUCUUCUUGUGAUUUACAUACUGUAAAAUAAAUCAGAGAUUUAUUUUGUGAAGGCUAUUAUUUUGCUUAUACGCAUAUAAAUAUAAAUACAUAUUGAUAUCCGUGUGUUAUAUUUUAACGUUUGAUGCUGUACGUACUUUUGAUAAAGACGAUAACAUGGAGUGGCGAUUCUUAGCGAAGCGCCGCGAAGCAGUUGCCGGGAGGCGUGCGAGACAGAUAGCACACAAACUUUUGUUUUAUUUGAAAUAUCAAGUGCUGCAGUUGUUAAAUGUUUUAGAUUUGUGUGUGUGUAAAACUUCAGUAUUUUCUGCUGACCGCCCAGAAUCCAGCUCCAUUUGGUUUUCACUGAACAUCUGAAUCGGAGAAGCCGUCUACCUAGCUGUUUUGGUUCGAAUUCAAUUCAAUAAAAAUACCGCCUAUGGUUUUAAGGAACAUUUCCCCAGUAAAUGGGUUUGUUUAUCCAUUUUAGAGGCACAUCCAUACAUUUCUGUAGAGUUGAACAUGCCUUUACGACUGUCUGUAAUGAGAAUGAAGUGAUCUAAGUGCCCCUCAGACAUCUGAGGACUAAGUUAACCACCUCGCCGCUUCAAAUUUAGAGAUACCGGUUUACCAAUGGCCUUAAUCUUUAACCAUUUAGUCCAAUUUCAGUCAAAGGAAUAGGUCAUGCAGAAAUUUAAAUUUGCUCCUUCCCUCAGGCCAUCCGAGAUGUAGAUGAGUUUCUUUCAGAUUUGAGAAAUGCAUUCUCACCAGUGGAUACUCUAGAGUGAAUGGGUGCCGUCAGAACGGGGGUCUGAUAAAAGCGCUACAAUAAUCACACCACAGCAGUUAACAUUUUAGCGAAGCCGAAAAAUGAGAUGUUGUUAAAUUUGGUUUUUGCGAUUAUGAGGCUUCGAUCGGCUCUUUGAACUCUUAUUCUGACGGCACCCAUUCGAAAGCAUCAGCAUGUUCCAGGGGCAAAAUUUUAGCUCAUUUUUAUUUUUGGGUGAACUAUUCCUUUAUAAACAAGUCAAACUGCAACGAAAAAAAGAUCGUCAACUCAAACACUAAUUUUCACCAUCCGGGGAAAAAAAAAACCCAUUUCUUUCCAUCCAAAUAAGAGCCUGGGUCGGUCAGCAGAUCAAUUAUUAAAUAGUGAUUACACGUAGAAAUGUUUAUCUAGGAAAAAAAAUACAUGUUAACAAAAUAAGAAAAAAAUGUUUUAUGUCAUUUCUUGUGCUCUGCCAAAUAUUCUCGACAGUAUCUUUGCACUAAAGGUUUGCUGAAUGUUUGUCGAGCUAUAGAGAGCGAAUAUUACACAACGUCCUUAAAGGGAACGGCGCACCGCACAGCCGAAUCAAUCUCAGAAUGCAGUGCGCUCAUUUAUCAACUCAAUCAGCCUGCGUUUAAUGAUUCCACAGACUUAGCGAUUCAGUAGAACCAAACGAUAAAGCAGACCUCGAGAGGAACAUCUAAUGAGAGAGAGUCCAAAGCUUUGGGUGACGAUACUGUCUUGAAACUCCACAGCCGAACUGGUUAUAAGCUCAUUGACGUCUUUCAUUCUUGUGGUUUGUAACACACUGUGAUGUAACCAUGGUUGUCCAUUUAUAACUCUAACAGUAGUAAAGCUAAGGUAACUGUACCGUGUGCGUUAGUGUCCCAUCUAACAGGAUCCCUCUCGUGUAAGAAGGGCUUCAUGCUCCACCACUGUGAUCUUGUGCUGAUCCACCUGCCCAAGUCAAAGCAACAAAUGGCAAUAAACUAACUCCAUGAAAAAAAAAAAAAAAAAAA